GAUAGAGUGAGAGAAACUACUUAGAUUGGUUGAUUAUCAUCGAAAGCACAUCUUGUGGCAUCUAAACAGUUUUAAAUCAACAGUAAAAGUCAAUCUAAGAGUAAAAUUUAGAAGAAGAGGAAAAAGAAAAUAAUUUUAAAAGUGAACAAAAAAAAGAAAAUUCGAACUAAAAAAUUCGAAGUGACCACAAUGGAGGAUCAGGAUAUGGAUGGAUCGAUGUUUGUUGAAAAGUGCGGGAUCUUUGGUUGUAUAACUAACGGCGAUUGGCCUACGAACCUCGAUUGUGCUCACAUUAUUUGCCUGGGAUUGAUCGGUCUCCAGCACAGAGGUCAAGAAGCCGCUGGAAUAGUGACAUGUAAAUACGCCAGUGAACCUUUUUCCGUUCAUCGUGGAAUGGGUCUAGUGAGUCAAAUAUUCAAUGAGCCGAUAAUGUUAUCGCUUAAAGGUAACCUGGGAAUUGGACAUACUCGAUAUUCAACCAUGGGAGGUGCUGAUUCGGUUUCAUUGGCUCAACCCUUUGUGGUCCACACAAGUUAUGGGACCAUCGCUGUCGCUCAUAACGGCGAACUGGUCAAUUCAACUCCAUUAAGACAAACAAUCUUGGAAAACGGUGUUGGAUUAUCAACUGGAAGUGAUUCCGAGUUAAUCACUCAAUGUCUUUCAAUGCCUCCUCCGGCUGAAUUUGAAACUUUUAAACAAUCAUUGGUGAUCAUGGAUGAAGAUGAAGAUAAUCAAAAUAACGGUUACAUGACCAAUACCCUUGACAAAAAGACAACAACAACAACAACCACUGAUUUAAACAAUUUAGUUAAUCAAACGAAAACCAAAGUGAAGAAAAAAAAUUCAAUCAUUAACGAUGUUGAAAAAAGUGAAGAGGAAAUUUUAUCUCGAUUGAAACAUUUUGUCUCGUUAACACCUUUAUCCUAUUCGUUGAUCGUAAUGUACAACGAGUGUUUAUAUGCACUUCGAGAUCCAUUCGGUAAUCGGCCUUUGUCCCUUGGAAUGUUAAUCCCACCAACAGAUCGUAAUACUCGAGGAGUGUCCAAAGAUAUCCAACGAGCCGAAGGUUGGGUUGUUUCCAGCGAAUCGUGUUCAUUUCCGUCGAUAUGUGCAACCCUAUUUCGAGAUGUCGAACCGGGUGAGAUCGUUAAACUUGAACGUAACAAGGAGCCCAAAUCACUUUGUAUUAUCCCUCGUCCCGCGAAUCACGAUUAUCCGGCCUUUUGUAUCUUUGAAUAUGUUUACUUUGCCAAAGCCGAUUCCAUUAUCGAAGGUCAAAUGGUCUACACAGUCCGAGUCAAUUGUGGUCGUCAACUCGCUCGAGAAGCACCAAUUCUACUUGACCCUUCAAAAGAUUAUAUCGUUUCACCAGUGCCCGAAUCAUCAAAUCCAGCAGCUCUUGGAUUUGCUCUCGAGUCUGGUGUACCUUUUGUUGAAGUAUUUUGUAAAAAUCGUUACGUUGGACGGACAUUUAUCCAGCCGUCGACUCGAUUACGACGUCUUGGUGUGGCCAAAAAGUUUGGUCCGUUGGUUGAAAAUUUCAAAGGUAAAUCAAUCAUAUUGAUUGAUGAUUCAAUUGUUCGAGGAACAACAAUCGGUCAAUUGGUUCGUCUUCUUAAAGACGCUGGAGCGGACGAUGUCCACAUCCGUAUAGCCUCACCUCCCCUUCACUAUCCAUGUUACAUGGGGAUUAAUAUACCAACACGAGAAGAGUUGAUUGCUAAUCACUUGAAUGCUGAACAAUUAGCUAAUUCACUUGGUGCAGCUUCAUUAAAGUACUUGUCAGUUGAAGGGUUAAAAUUGUCCGUUCAAAAUGGUGUCCGUGAGCGGCAAAAGAUGACCAAUGAAUGUAAACCAAUCGGACAUUGUGUCGCAUGUUUAACUGGUGAAUAUCCGGUUCCGUUGGACUUUUAAAUUAACUUGAAAUCAAUUUAGUUUUAUCAUUGUUUACAUUAAUCAUCAAUCAUCAACCACCCAAUCAUCAUAAUCAUCAUCAUAAAUGUCACAAAAACAAAACUAAUUGAUCAACAAAUUAUGAGAGCUGAGCAAAUGACUUUAUAUACAAUUUGAUUGCAACAAUUAACUUUAAUUUCUCAGGUUAAUUUUUCGUUUCUUCUCCUUUCGACAAAUCUUUGGUUCUAAUAAUAACAUUUUAAAUUGUUUCGAUAACAUUGGAAACAAUUUAAAAAUCUUAAUCGUUUAAACAAAUCACAAAGCCAAAACUCCAACAACUAUAAUAAUCAGUUAAUCAUUUGUUUAUUUUUUUUACACAUGAUUAAUUAAUUUUAACUAGAAGUGAAAACUUUAUAUUAAUAUUAACUUUAUAUACAUUUUACAAUUUAAUUUUUUACACAAUUUGUGUGUUGAUUAUAAUUAAAAAUUUUAUCCCAAUUUACUCAAUGAUCAAUAAGGUAAAAUAAAAUGUGAUUAAAAAUAUUAUAUUGUAAAAAAAAAUGAUGAAACAAUUAAUAGAGUAAUAAAAUCUUAAUGUAUUUUAAUUUAA